UUCUGGUUCCCCGAGGCACAGUUCGGCUGUGCCCCGGGUGUACUCCGUACAAAGGUUGGGUUUACCGGGGGAAAGAAGAAAGGGCCUACAUAUUACAGCCUUGGUGAUCACACAGAGACUAUAGAAAUACACUAUGAUCCAGACGUUACCAGUUACACUGAUCUACUGAAGCUGUUCUGGGAGAAUCACGAUCCAACUCGCUGUGCAUCUCGCCAGUACAUGUCCGCCAUUUUCUAUCACAGCGACGAGCAGAAGACUCAAGCUGAAGAGUCCAAGGAGCAAGAGCAGUCAAAGCGUAGCAAGAAAAUACAGACAAAGAUUGCUCAAGCUGAAACAUUCUACAAUGCUGAAGAUUACCAUCAAAAAUAUCUGCUACGCCAGCAAAGAGACAUACUCCAAGCCCUAAACCUCACUGAUGAGGAGCUCAUCAAAUCUCACAUUGCAUGUCGUCUCAAUGGCUACUGUGGAGGAUAUGGGAAGAUGGACGAGCUGGAGAAAGAGCUCUCUCUUUUUAAUCUUCCUUCUCGCAUACAGGAUCGCCUCAGAGCCAUCGUAUCACGUGGAAAUUUAUAUUAACUAAAUUGUAGUAAUUUGUUUUUGUCUCUGUAUUAUAAUAGUGUAUGUGUGUGUCUGUGUGGCUUUGUCACGUGACUCUCACAUGAUGCUGCAAGGAUAAACUUGGCAACUGCCUGGUCCUUGUGGCUGAUGAUAGUAUGAGGUCAUUGUGAUUUAGCGAUCACAGGAUUUUUAAUCAAUGAGUAAUAAUUAUUAU